GCAGAUCCGAGGCCUGUCAUCCGCUUAGCGCCUUAGCACCCCUCGGCGCUUCCACCCCGCGCCCCCGCCCGCCGCCGCCGCCGCCGCCCCACUGUCGUCGCCGCUCUCCUCGCGGGCCCGGGGCAUGCUCCGCGCUCCUGUGCCCUGCCUUGGCGGCUGCAAGCGACACUACCCGCCUGCGGAGACAUGAGGCGCGGCGGGUGGACCUCCCUGGUCCUGGAGCUGCUGCGCCUCUGCUUGGCCCAGGCCAACUUCGCCCCCCACUUCUUUGACAACGGGGUCGGCAGCACCAACGGAAACAUGGCCCUGUUCAGCCUCCCAGAGGACACCCCUGUGGGGUCUCAUGUAUAUACCCUGAACGGGACAGACCCUGAGGGAGACCCCAUCUCCUACCACAUCAGCUUUGAUCCCAGCACCAGAAGAUUCUUUUCUGUUGACCCCAACUUUGGAAACAUUACUCUGGUGGAAGAGCUGGACAGAGAAAGAGAGGAUGAGAUUGAAGCUAUCAUCAGCAUCUCCGACGGCCUGAAUCUGGUGGCAGAAAAAGUCGUGAUCCUGGUGACCGAUGCCAAUGAUGAGGUGCCCAGGUUCACCCAGGAGCCUUAUGUCAUCGCGGUUCCUGAGGACAUACCUGCUGGGAGCAGCAUCUUUAAGGUCCAUGCAGUGGACAGAGACACAGGCUCAGGAGGGAGUGUCACCUACUUCCUGCAGAACCUGCACUUCACCACAUUUGCCAUGGAUCGCCACAGCGGUGUGCUGCGCCUCCAGGCUGGAGCCACUCUGGACUAUGAGAAGUCCCGGACCCAUUAUGUCACCGUGGUUGCCAAGGAUGGUGGGGGGAGGCUUCAAGGGACUGACGUAAUGUUCUCAGCCACCACUACAGUCACAGUCAACGUGGAGGACGUCCAGGACAUGCCCCCUGUCUUCGUCGGCACACCCUACUAUGGCUAUGUGUAUGAGGACACCCUGCCGGGCUCGGAGGUACUGAAGGUGGUCGCCAUGGAUGGAGACAGGGGCAAACCCAACCCCGUUGUCUACAGCCUCGUGAACGGGAGCGAAGGAGCCUUUGAAAUUAAUGAGACGUCUGGAAUCAUCUCCGUCACACAGAGCCCUGCCCAGCUCCAGAGAGAGGUGUAUGAGCUGCAUGUACAGGUGACCGAGGUCAGCCCUGUGGAGAGCCCAGCUGCCCAGGCCAUGGUCCCAGUCACCAUCAGGGUUGUGGACCUCAACAACCAUCCACCAACAUUCUAUGGAGAGAGUGGACCCCAGAACAGGUUUGAGCUGUCCAUGAAUGAGCACCCACCCCAGGGAGAGAUCCUGCGGGGCCUCAAGAUCACUGUCAAUGACUCCGACCAGGGAGCCAAUGCCAAAUUCAACUUGCGGCUAGUGGGACCCGGGGGCAUCUUCCGAGUGGUGCCACAGACAGUCCUGAAUGAAGCCCAAGUCACAAUCAUUGUGGAGAACUCAGCUGCCAUUGACUUUGAAAAGACCCAAGUGUUAACCUUCAAGCUCCUGGCCAUUGAGGUAAACACCCCAGAGAAGUUCAGUGCCACGGCAGAUAUUGUGAUCCAGCUCCUGGACACCAAUGACAACGCUCCCAAAUUCACCUCCCACUACUACAUUGCCAGGAUCCCUGAAAACGCCCCAGGAGGCUCCAACGUGGUGGCUAUCAAAGCUGUGGAUCCAGACACAGGACCCUGGGGUGAAGUCAAAUACUCCAUCUAUGGGCCCGGGGCAGACCUCUUCCUGAUCCACCCAUCCACUGGGCUUAUCUACACCCAACCUUGGGCCAACCUGGAUGCUGAGGCUACUGCCAGGUACAACUUCUAUGUGAAGGCGGAGGACAUGGAGGGCAGCUACAGCCUGGCUGAGGUGUUCAUCACAGUGCUGGAUAUCAAUGACCACUACCCUCAAUUUGGAAAGAGUGUCCAGAAGAAGACAAUGGUGCUAGGGACCCCAGUGAAAAUUGAGGCCACAGAUGAGGAUGCAGAAGAGCCCAACAACCUGGUGGACUAUUCCAUCACCCAUGUAGAGCCGGCUAAUGUGUUUGACAUUGAUGCACACACGGGGGAGAUCUGGCUCAAGAACUCCAUCCGCUCCCUGGAUGCCCUGCACAACAUCACACCCAGUAGAGACUGCACAUGGUCCCUGGAGGUGCAAGCCAAGGACCGGGGUUCUCCAUCCUUCAGCACCACGGCUUUACUCAAGAUUGACAUCACAGACACUGAGACGCUGUCCCGAAGUCCCAUGGCCGCCUUCUUGAUUCAGACCAAGGACAACCCCAUGAAGGCGGUGGGUGUGCUGGCUGGCAUCAUGGCCAUGGUUGUGGCCAUCACUGUCCUCAUCUCUACCGCCACCUUCUGGCGCAACAAGAAGUCCAACAAGGUUCUGCCAGUGAAGCGCGUGCUCCGCAAGAGAUCCAGCCCUGCACCCCGUGCCAUCCGCAUAGAGUGGCUCAAGUCCAGGAGCACCAAGGCUGCCACCAAGUUCAUGCUCAAAGAGGAUCCUCCCAAUGAGAACUGCAACAACAAUAGCCAAGAAAGCUCCCUGCCCCCCAAACCUCCAGCUCUCCCUCCACCUCCCAGCAUGUCGCCCAGCACGGGUACGACCCACUGGACCGUGCCUACAGUCUCUGGGUCACUCACGCCCCAGAAGCCCCAAACGCCACCAAGACCCAAAACAAUGGAAAGCCCCACCCAGUCGACUCUUGUCUCUGAGCUCAAGCAAAAGUUUGAGAAGAAGAGUGGACGCAAGGUUUACUUCCAGAAUGUGUCCUGAGCACCGCCGCUCCAUGUCUUCCCUAUCCCCAACCCCAACCGUCCUUGCUGCUUGGACCAUGCUUCCCACCCUCUGCUCCUUAAGGUCACUCCAUUUUGUACACAAAGGUGUAACCCCCACAUGCAGGGUUUUUGACAGGGCC